AUGGAGGUGGGGCUGGUGGACUGGACGGGGGGCUUCCUGACCGGAGAGCGCUUCGGCGGCGGCGUCGACGUCUCCGGCACCGCCCUCGGGUGGAAGCAGACGUGGCUGCUGGAGGCGGUGCCGGAGGCGGCGGGGCCGGGGGCGGGGCCUCCCCGGUGGUGGGCGUGCCUGCGUGGGCCCGGGGGGCGCCCCCUGGUGGCAGAGGCAGGCGGAGCGGUGCGGACGUCGCCGCUGCCGGGGGAGGGCACGCUCUUCGUGGUGGAGGCGCACGCGAGCGGGGCCUGGAGCUUGUGCGAGGCCGGCGAAGGCGAAGGCGGCGGAGGCGGGGGCCGCUUCCUGGAGUCGGACGGCGAGGACGUCUUCUGCGUGGCGUGCCCGCCUUCGCCGCGAGGCCUCUGGCUCCCGCGCCUGGCCGCCCCGGCCUUGGCCUGCCUCUUCCACCCGCCCCGGGGCCGCUAUGCGCGCGCCGAUCCCGAACUCUGCCGCGUCUGGGUCGACGCCGACGAGCCCGAGGGACCCCAGUGCGGCUUCUUGGUCCGGCGCGCAAGGGGCGGCGCCUGCGUGCACCUGGAGGCCUGCAGGCGGCGCUUCGUGUCCCGCGAGGGGCGCCUGGCCUCGCAGCCGUCGAGCAAGACCGCGCUGCUCCUGCGCCUGCGCCCCGGCGGGUGGGCCGCGCUCUCGGACCAGCGCGGGCGCCCGCUCUUCCCGCAGGGGCCCCGCGGACUCCUCCGCCCCGCAGACCCCGACGACGCCGUCGGGGAGGGAGGGGAGGAGCAGGAGUGGUUCCAGGUGCAGCGCCUCCCGCCCCGCGUCGCCCUCCGCAGCCCCGCCGCCGCCCGCUUCCUCUCCGUCCUCCAAGGUGGUGACGUGUAUGCCGGGUCCCGAAAUGCCACUCCUUUGGGCUCCUUCCUGCUGGAGGCCGACCUCGAUGGGGAGACCCUGCGCCUGCGGGGGCCGCACCAGAAGUACCUGGCCCAGCGGGGCUCCGGGGCGGUGAGGGCGGACGGCGAGGCGCGGGACCCGGCGACCCUCUUCCGCGCGCUCUGGCUCUGCGGGACCGUCUUCCUGCGCGCCGCCGACGGGCGCUUCCUGGGCACGGGGCCCCGCGGGAGGGUGCGCGCCACCGCCGCCGAGCCAGGCCCCAGAGAGGAGUUCUGGCUGCGCCUGGCCGACCGGCCCUUCGUGGUGCUGCGCGGGGCGAGGGGCUUCGUGGGCAGCCGGGGGCCCCCCUCGCCCCCCUCCUCCCCCCCGAAGCGGGGCCUCCUGCUGCCGCCCCUCCGCGGGGACCUCCUGGAGCCCGACGUGGUGGAGCUGCUCCCCUGCGCCAGGGGCGUCUACCACCUCCGCAGCCGCGGGAAGGGCUUCUGGGGCCUGGGCGCGGAGGGGGCGCUGUUCUGCGGGGGGCGCGCGGCCCUGAACUUCUGCCUGGAGCUGCGCGGCCCCCACCGCCUGGCCCUCCUGGCCCCCAACGGGCUGUACGUGCGGGGGGACCACCGGGGGGCCCUCUGCGCAGACGCCCACGACCCCCACCAAUGCCUCUGGGAAUUCUAGGAGGAAGGACACGAAGAAGGAAGGAAGGAAGGAAGGAAGGAAGGAGACGCCCCAGGAAGAGAGAGAGAGAGAAUAAAAUACACCGCCCCCCACACACCACGAGGUUCACAGUCAGUCAUUGAAGGCCCCAACUUGCAGGGCAGAGGUCAAGGCAGGGGGGGCUUCCUUCCGUCGGGGGGGGGGGGGCAGCAGGGGCACGGUGGCACGGCCACUUCCUCUCCGGACCAGAAGCAGCAGGAGGAGCCGGAGCAGAGACCCCCUCCUGGGGGAGAGCAAGAAGGGGGCGGGGUGAGGGGGCAUUCUGGCAGGAAGACCCCCGAGCGGGCUCCCCUCCCCCUCCCUGUGGUGAUGGAGACCCCAGCCCCACCGAGUGUCCACAGUGCAGCCUGCUUUCCGCUUUAAUGCAGGAAGCAACGCUCCUUGGCUCCACUUGGUUCAGGGGAAGGCCAGCUCACUGAACCUGCGCUAAAGAUUCCCAGUCGCCAAGUGUUGGCACAGGUGCUCUACUACCAGGCCUGGGCCCACUCUGGCCCUCCCUCCAGGUGUUUUGGACUUCCCACUCCCCCAGUUCCUAACAGGCCCCCCCUUCUCCCCCCUCAAGAAAGGAAAGGAAAGGAAAGAAAGGCUUCAAACGACAGGAAAGGAAAGAGAUUCCACCUGAACAUGAGGAAGAACUUCUGGCUGUGUGUGUGUGAGAGAGAGCUGUUCAGCAGUGGAACUCUCUGCCCAAGCGGGAGUGUGGUGGAGGGAGGCUCCUUCUUUGGGGGCUUUGAAACAGGCUGGAUGGCCAUCUGCCGGGGGUGCUUUGGAGGCGAUUUUCCUGCUUCUUAGCAGUUUGGGGGUGGACUGGGUGGCCCACCAGGUCUCUUCCAACUCUAUGAUUUGAGGCUUUUAGGAAUUGUGGGAGUUGAAGUCCAGAACACCUAGAGAGCCGAAGUUUGCCUGUGAUGGCCUUUCACUGCACCCCCACCUUAAAAUAUAUACAGUAGAGUCUCACUUAUCCAAGACUCAUUUAUCCAAGGUUCUGGAUUAUCCAAGGCAUUUUUGUAGUCAAUGCUUUCAAUAUGUAUUGUGAUAUUUUGGUGCUAAAUUCAUAAAUACAGUAAUUACAACAUAACAUUA